UUUGUGAAACAUACAAAAUUUGAGGGGUGUGCAUUGAUUGAAAUGCUAAUAGACUGAACGAUGAAACCAAGAACAAAGUUCAUUGACAAGCUGUUUGUUUACAUGAAAGGAGGAGCAGGUGGAAAUGGUCUGCCAAAGCUGAACGGAAUCGGCGGGAAGGGUGGCGAUGUUUGGAUCACCGCAAAAGAGAAUCAGACGCUGCGGAAGCUCAAGCUACAGAACCCGUCACAGCGGUUUACGGCCGGAGUGGGCGAGCACAGCCGAAAGUUCCGGAUCCAGGGCGAGCCGGGCGAGGACCGGGUCAUCCACGUGCCGCCGGGCGUGCAGGUGUCCGCCGCAGACGGCACCGUCAUCGGUGACUGUAACGUGGCCGGUGACCGGGUGCUGGGGGCGCGCGGCGGUGACGGCGGCGGCCCGCACACGGGCUACAUCGGCCGGCCGGGCACCGCCCGACAGCUCUACCUUACGCUGAAACUGAUCGCUGACGUAGGCCUGGUGGGGUUCCCGAACGCCGGCAAAUCGACCCUGCUGAGGGCGGUGUCCCGCGCCCGGCCCAAGGUGGCCAGCUACCCCUUCACCACCAUGUCGCCAGAGAUCGGCAUUAUUCACUACAGCGACAUGCGUCAGAUCUCUGUGGCCGACCUGCCCGGACUGAUUGAGGGCGCCAGCAGGAACAUCGGACUGGGACACAGCUUCCUACGACAUGUGGAGCGGACCCAGCUGCUGCUGUUUGUCGUCGACGUCAACGGCUUCCAGCUCAGUCCGGACAGGGUCAAACGGUCCGCCUUCGAGACCAUCGCCAUCCUCAAUCGGGAGAUUGAGCUGUACAAGCCGGAGCUGCUGGACAAGCCGGCCAUGCUGGUGGUGAACAAGAUGGACUCGCCGGCGGCGGCAGAGACCUGGCCCGAGCUGAAGCGGCGCCUGGCUGAGGGACUGGAGGCGUCGGCCGCUCAGCUGCCGGCGGACCUCCGGCCCCGGCGGCCGGUCCAGUUCGAUCACGUAGUGCCCAUCUCGGCGCGCUGCGACCCCGAGUCCGUGGAGCGGGUCAAGGCCAAGGUGCGCGCCUGUCUGGACAUUCACGCGGCGCCGCCUCCUGACCUGGAGGAGGUGCACCGGCGCAUGCGCACUGGUGGUGUGGUGGCCCUCCAUAACCGGACAGUGGACAUGGAGCAUGAUAGAGGGCACCGCCGACGACAGCCGCGGAAACUACCGCAGCUGGCGUGAUUUUGUCAGUUAGCUGAGAUGAGAGCUGUGUCGUAUGUGGGCUGUUUUGUUUGGCGUGUCUGCUAUGCAUGAAGUUUUGAUGAUGACCUUAUGAACAGUGAAUAACAUCGUGCUAUACACAGAUGCAUACC